AUGCGGUCUCCGCUUUUUUUUGGAAUAUUUUUCUUGUUGUCGGAGAACAUCGUGCAAGAGAAUUUGGGAUGAUGUUUCAGUGAAUGUGAACAUGGGUUCAAGAAGCCAAACAAGCUACUUCACUCUUUGCAUGAUCACAAACACGCGCGUCUGCCGCCCGUCCAUCACAAGGCGGGCUCCUGUGGAGAUUUCGCCCGGCUUUCAUCAGCGCUCAAUGAUCGCUCACUGUCCCCCUGGCGGAUAAGAACUGUGGAAAAUCCAGACAUGUACCCCUCAAAAUACGAAGAAGCAGAGUGUUUGUGUGAUGGAUGCAUCAUUAACGGGGUUGAAAAUAGGACCUACAACUCUGUGCCUGUGAAGCAAACUCGUUUAUUCCUGAAGAAGGUUCCUUGCCCGUCUGACCCCAAAAAAUACUCCUUAGAGUAUAAACUUGUGUCAGUGACUGUAGCCUGUACCUGUGCAGUUCCUAAGCACUAAGAGAGGAUAAUAGCUAGGCCUACUAUCUAGACCAAAACUGUAGAGACGUGUCUCAUGUACCAUGUCGUGUUUGUUUUAAAAUGCAAUUUUUGAUAAGGUACUUACAUUGUUUGAUAUGCUUAUUUGUAUAAGCUGAAAGGUUGCAUGUAUCACAUGGUUUAUUUUUUAAGCUUACAAACCAACAUAAUCUUUCAUGAAAGGAAGCUAUAUUGGUAUUAUUGUAAAACACUACUUUAUUUGGGCUUUAUUUAUUUAUAUGAUAAUAACUUAUUUGCUAUUUAUUUAACUUUAAUGUACAUUAUGCUAAUAUGUGAAUUUUUAUCUUGCGCCUACCUGUCAUUGUUUGUAUCAGGCCUGAAAUUCAGCUCUAUCAGUGACGGGAAUGGUUAGAUUAAGUUUGUUCCAAUGAUAACGAUAAAAUGUAUUAAAAUGUUGUUGUAUUUUUUCCUCAACUUUGCAUUUUGUCCAAAUGGUAUUAUGUUAUGUGUAAAACAAACAGAAUAAAGUUUAUGGUGAUCUUCA